AUGGACAACAUCACAUUUACAAAUGGACCUUCCACUGGGUGAGUGUCUAUACUUGUCUAAAGGCCUGAUUCCACGAGCGCUUUUUCUCAGCGAAAUGCGGAUUAUUUCGCCUGUUUCUUUUCAAUUGCAACCACUUGAAUAAAUUAUUUAUACUUGAUUGCUCACAAUUAAAAAGAAACAGGCGAAAUAUUUCGCAUUUCGCCGAGAAAAAGCGCCCGUGGAAUCAGGCCUUUACUUAUUCUUUCCCUUACAAAAAAAUCCAAUUGGAAUUCCAGUAGGCAGGGCGGGUGCUAAAUGUGGGGAAGGGGUAUAACACCCUAGUCGGGUAGUCGGCAAAAUAUUGAAUCUCAGUUGGCGAAAUAUGGAUCUGGAUACAAAGAGAAAAAAUAAAAUUGGUCAUUCCAGAAAACAUUCAUACCUGCACCCCAACGGAGGAAAUUGGAAGUACUUUACCCUCCUACCCCCUUCGGAUGUCCUAUACAUUUACUAUUAUCAUUUGUCUCCCCUCCCCCUCCGGACAGCAGAAAUUUCCUCCAUGGGAGGAGUGUGGAUUUUUUCUGGAACGACCCAGUAUUGGAGUGACACUUAUUAAAAAUGAUAGCUGAAGGAGGAGAAAUUAAUUUGCGAAAAAAUGAGGGGAAAAUGGAAUGAGGACUGAUAGUUAAAUACAAAAUAAGAUUGAGAUAAUUAUGUUUUCCAGAAAAAAGUUUGAUGUAAUGUACUGUUGCCGCUACCACCCCCACCUCUCCUUGGCAAUUUUGGGAAACACAAUAUUAAUUAGUGGACAGUGACUCGGCCAAAUUUGCAUUGAUAUUAGUCAGCAAAAUUCUAUACCCUGGUUCCAGAGGUUUAAAAUAAACCUCUGGUUGAAAGCGGCAACUGAUUCAUCGAGCCGCGCCAAUCAGUUUGAAUUAGGGUCAGAUCCUGACUUUGUCUCCUGAUUGGAUAAUUGUAUUAAAGCUCUCUGAUUGGUUAUAGAUGUUUUAUUUGAAUCAAUCAGAGAGCUUUAAUACCGUCAUCCAAUCAGGAGACAGAGUCAGGAUCUGACCCUAAUUAUUCAAACUGAUUGGUGCGGCGUGAUGAAUCAAUUGCCGCUUUCAACCAGAGGUUUAUUUUUCCUCUCCCCUUCGCAAUGAAAAUAAUAAAAAUAAACCUCUGGAACCACUAGGGUAGCAAAAUUCACUUACACACAACCACUCUCCCCAAGGGUGCCUUUUCCGGGAGCAAAGUGCCCUUUUUUUGUGUUAAAAAUGUUUUAAGGAUUGCCUUUUUUUGCCCAAAGCGCACUUUUCGAAACUUGAAUUUAUGUUAUUUUCCGGAAUAUUGUUUUUCAUUUCCGGAAAAAAUAUGACAUGUCCGAAAAAUUUUUUUGUAUUUCCGGAACAUUUUUUUCAUAUUUAGGAAAAUUGGAUAUAUCCGGAAAAAAAUAUUUUUAGAUGGCCUUUUUUAUUUGUCAAGUGCCCUCAAAGCCUGGCACCACCCCCCCCCAAUUUUUAGAAGCUUCCUACGCCCCUGGACGAAUGUUUUGAUUGUUGCGAGGUGCCUACAUGAUGUCGUGGUGUUUAUACUAGAAUGUUGUUAAAAGUUAACUAACUCUCGAGUAAUGAUACGGUAAUUGGGGGCUUGAGUGGUCUCAUAAGUUGGUGCAGGGGAAAGACACCUCAUUCAGGCAUUUUCUGAACUGCCACCACGUCAUGUCGGCUCCUCGCAACAAUGUCAACAAUCGAAACAUUCGUUCCCCUGAAGAUCCAAGCCAAUCUGGUCAUUUUGAAUGUUUUCACAAGGGUGAUGAGCAGAGGCUAGAAACAUGGUAGCAGGAUUAGGCUGAUAUCAAAAGCGGCAAGGAGUCAGACUGCAAUAAGUACACAAUAAAAUUAUACUAGAAUACUUUAUAGUAGUGUAAUUUUCAGUUUGCAUCAUCAACCUGCAAAAUUCCUGUCAACCUGCAAAAUUCCAACCUGCAAAAUCCCCAACCUGCAAAAUUCCAACCUGCAAAAUUCCCAACCUGCAAAAUUCCAACCUGCAACCUGCAACCUGCAUUUUGUACCUCACCGUGUAAAUUGGCCCAAUUUUAAUAAUUCCAAAUUGGAUUUUUUAUGUCAGUUUUUAUGCAGUACUUAAAUUACUGUGAAAUGUUUAAUGAAAUGCAUGAAGAGCUAAAUUUUUCUACUUUUUUUAAAGUGUUGAGUGUGAUGUGGACCAAAAAUAUUUACCUCACCUCCUUUUGAUACCUGCUGUAAGUUUUAUUGACAUGUUAUUUAAUUUUGUUUCUUUGAUACUAUUUAUACUUUAACCUGAACGAGAAAAUUCAACUCAGUGUUAAUGGACAUGCAGAGUAAAAUAAAGGAGCAUUAUAUGUGACUUGAUGACCUUAUAUAUUUGAAUUUUCAUUAUUUUACUCUGUCGAUUCUUGACACCAAUUAUGACUUAAAUUUAUACUCAAUUACCUGUCUAAUUUAUGAAUUGUCUAAAUUCACGCCUGACAAAAAUGCAUACCAAAGCGCCAAUAUGCUUCAACUUCUUUAAUUUUCACGGCGGGUCUAAAACAAAGGUCGGAUGUCGCAGGUCACAGGUCACAGCUGUGUCUAAAAAACAUGCCUGUUCGCAGCUAGGUCACAGAGAAUAUAGUGUAUCGCAAUGACAAUUCCUAUUAUAGACUAAUUCUAGGCAAGGAUAUGCAAAUAAAUUACUACAGCUAGAAAGAGCAUACUAAAAUGAGUAAAAUUGCAAAGUUUGGUUGCAAAUUGUUGUAAAAUGCAUAAGAAAUAGACUUGCAAAUUUUGUAUGCUUUUGUAUCGUGUGCGGAAAAUUAUACAAAAUUUGCGAAUUUUGCAAGGCUAUAUUUUCCGCAUUAUACAACAUUUUGCAACCAAACUUUGCAAUUUUACUAAUUUUAGUAUACUCUUUCUAGCUAUAGCGAUUUAUUUGUGCCUAGAAUUAGUCUAUAAUAGGAAUUGUCUAUUGCGAUACACUAUUCUGUGCGACCCGCGAUCAGGCAUGUUUUGUAGACGCAGCUCUGUCAGGGCUGUAGGACGCUCUUUUUGAUUGUGGGAGCUGAAAGCGGGGGCCGAAGGCCCGAGGAAAUUUUUAAAUUUAGUGUCUCUGAAAUGCCAUUUCCUGGACUUUGGGGGAAGAUUUGACAGAUUUCUGAUGGUCAAAAAACAGCAUUUUAGUACGUAGAAAUUUACAAUUCAGCAGUACUAAAUGGGCAAAGCUGUAUUUAAUUAACUAUAUAUUGGUUAAGUUGCAGGAAAGUAUGAGUAAUAUCUUCAUUCUUUGCAGUUAAUGUCAUGGAUUAAAUGAUAAAGGUCUGCAUGAUUUUGAAAAAUGAAUGAUUAUUAGCAAAUUAUUGAGGGGGGGGGGGGGCUGCAGCUCCCCGGUUGCUAUGGCUCUGCAGCUGUGACCUGUGACCUGUGUUUUAGACCCGCCGUUAAUUUUCAUCUUGUUUCUACAAAAUUUCCCGUAAACAUAGAACAUAUCAAUUCAUUAUCAUUUUUACAAAUUGUAAGGUUCUUGUUUUUCGAAUUGCUACAUUUUUGGCGGGAAAAUUACAUCGCAAACCUAGCGCCAAAAAAUUAACAGUUAGCUAUUGGAUAUCAUGAUCAUGACUCAAAUUUCUAAAAAUCGGUAAUUUUCUUCUGUUUUUAGUAACAAAAUGGCCGAUUUUUCAACAUUUGUACCACUAUAUCUUCGCGAGAAAUAGUUGUAUUUACAAACAGAGUUCAGUUUUAUGACUCUCAAUGUCGUCUACCGAAUAAGUGCAUAAAAUUUACGAUAGCUAACUGUUGAUUUUUUAGCGCCAAGUUUGUGACGUCAUUUUCCCGCCAAAAAUGUUGCAAUUUCAAAAACAAAAACCAUACGAUUUGGAUGAAAAUUAAAGAAGUUGAAGCACGCUGGCGCUUUGGCAUGCAUUUUUGUCAGGCAUGUUAAUUACCAUGUAUAUUAGCUAAUAUAUUGUUAAUUAACCCAUUAAGUUGCAGAGCUAGCUUCCCCAUUGACGAGUAAAAUUGUCUGGCAUUAGACAAGUAAAAAAAUAAGUAUGGCGCACUGGGGUGCAUUAUUGCAGCUUAAUGGGUUAACUAGAGACAUUGUCAGAUUUUUUGGUUAACCCAUUAAGCAGCUAGUGCAGAGCUUCUCCAUUGGCGGCAGGGGUUUCAGAAUAAGCCGGCGGCCGGCGGAGUUCCGCCGGCUACUUGAACUUUUACCGCCGGCUACUUUUCGUCUGGUCAAAGGAAAAAAAUUAUGUACAAAGGUACAAGCGAACCAACACGAUGUUUGUUAUAUUCCAAUUGGAAUUCAAGCAAAACAUCACUUAUUUUGGAAGAUCAAUAAGAUCAAUAAUUUAUAGUACCAAACAUAGCUUGCUUUCUAAGUUGGUGUCGAUAUGAAUCUUCCUGGAAGAUAAUUCUGAUUGACUCUGACAGUUACUUGAGCAUUGCCAUUGGGGAAUCCGAAUUUGACAGUGAGCCAGAGAACCUUCAGAGCCACUUUGGUAAAUGUUUUUGGCAAGUGACUAAUUCUUUGACAACGAAUUAAUUAUGAUAAAGUGAUGAAGUGAAAAACUCUGGGCCGCAGCGAGGGGGGGGGGGUUACCCCAACUUUUUUACAAUUAACAUAUUCGGAAAAUCGGGUUGGUCAUUCGGAAAAUUACGUCAAUAAUAGUAUAACAAAAUUUUAGUUGUUAAACAGAGAAAAUAUAAUAUAAUUGUAUUGUCAGUAUAAAUUGAUUUACGAAAUCAUGGCAUUUACAUGGAUAUUAACAUUUAAAAAAUCGUAAACCGGUAAAAUAUGCAUGCAUACCUUUAUCAUUUAAAUAAUAUACCUUUAAAAUACUGACAAUUGAUUAAUUUUAAGCGGCUACAUUAUCCAUGACAAACUGCAAAGAAUCAUAUUAUCCUUACUUUCCUGCAACUUCUCCAUGCAAUAUAUAGUUAAUUAAAUACGCCUUCGCCCAUUUAGUACAGACUACUAAAUUGUAAACAAAUUGUAAAUUUCGACAUACUAAAAUGCUGUUUUCUGACUUUCAGAAUUCUGUUCUAAACUUCCCCAAAGUCCAGGAAAUGGCAUUUCUGCAGAGACUCUAAAUUAAAAAAUUUCCUCGGGCCUUUGGCCCUCGUUCUCAGCCCCUAAUAAAAAAGAGCUUCCUACGGCACUGCAUGCUACUCAGCUACUGUAAUAUGUCUGUGCGUAGAAUAUGCAUAUUUUUGUUUGUAAAUUGCAUCUUCGUAUUCCGGACAGCAAACACCUUCGUGAUUAAACUACAAGUAACACAUUAAAGUACAUUGUCACUUACAAGUAUAAAUGCAAAUGACAUCUAAAUCUAACAAGUGAACAGUUGCACUUUAUCUUCUCACUUCUGUAUUCUAGAUUAUUUGAUUGUUAAUUUGCGCACGAAAUUUUUUUAAAUUUCCAUGCGAGGGCACGCCCCCCCCCCCUGCGCGUUUUUUUAACUAUCAGUCACAGCCGGCUACAUUUUCGGUACAACCGCCUACUUCAAAUCAUUCUGAAACCACUGUUGGCGAGUAAAAUCAUCUGACCGUUAGACAAGUAAGAAAAAUAAGGAGGGCGCAUUGCGGCUCAAUGGGUUAUUAGCACUUAAAAGGGGCAAUAUUGUAGGACAGUAACCGAGUAGCUUUUCUCCAUCUAAAGAAAAACAGUUUUACUUUUACUGUACAGCUAUUUCAAUUAAGGUAAAUUGUUUCUGCAUGAGCAAAGUGGAAAAGUCGAAUACGAGUGCAAAAUUAAGGCUUGCUGGGAAUUGCUAAAAAAUUAAUUAAUUUUUUCGCGAUUUCCAGCAGCCUUUUGCGCUCGUAUUCAACUUUUACACUAAUUUGCUCGGGGACAACCUUUAAAUUUAAAUAGCUGUUAAUGUAUAACUAAAGUUGACAAUCUGGUUCAGGGAAUAAUUAUCACCAUAUUGGCAUUUUUGCAACAAAGAAGAAGUUUUAAGAAAGAAGUUUGGGGAGGUCGACCUGGAAUUGUUGUGUAAGUAGUAUAAACGAUUUCUAUAAACAGUACGUAUUUAUCGUUUUAUUUCCUCUGGCUGGCAUGGAAUAUAAAAACGUGUCUUUAUUCCAUGGCAGUAUUUAAUGUAUUCCAAUGUGCCGGUCCCCACUUUACAUGAGUAAAUGAGUAGGUUCAGAUGUCCAGCUUAUUAUUAUGACAAAUAAAUUUAAAAUUUACAACACUUUGACAAACAUGCCCGGCCACAGUGGGACUCGAAGGAAGGAGGAAAUUAAAUUAUAUGUAAGGAAAUUAAAUUAUAUGUAAGGAAGCACUUCUUAUUCGAUUUACGAUGUCUUGUUUAUUGUUUUUUAAGAAUUAUUAAGGACCAUGUCUUAUUCAGCUGGCAAAUUUGAUUGUAAUUGUGACUGCGCAGAGACUUCAGAUUUCAAAUUCCCCCAGUCCUGACCUUGCAGGACCCACCCAACAUUUUUUUUUUAUCAUGGUGAUAUACGGUGAUAACGGUGGUAUACGGUGAUAAGCGCCCCCGCUGCACUUCUGGUUUCACUAGCUAUGCCAUUUAACAUUAAGAAACCAUGCAUGCAUGCAGUGCAGGUAGCAUGAUAUUAUAACCCUAUUAAUGCAUGUUAAAAUCAACGGCAAUUAGUAAAAUCAUAGGGUUCACAAACUCAUUCGUUGCAUUGCUGUUUAAAUACUAAACGAACAUAGCUAAAUGAAGGAGCUGCGGGUUUAUUAAGGACAUAAUUACAUCUUGUGUAGGCCUAUAGAUUUCCUUGGCAUGGAUCAUGACCGCCUAGCCAUCAUGUGCGUGUUUGGAGCUGCUACUGGCUCCAUCUUCCUUCUCAUCUUUCGAAACAAUUCAGAGUACAGAAAUGCUUGGGGAAAAG